UGGCUGUGAUGUGGGUGGUUGUUUUAAGCGUUUUAGUAUCAGAAGUGUGGAGUUUUGGUUUACAAGCAAACACAGUUAAUAACUAUGGCAUUUACGGUGGACAUGAAAUAUCUAUCGAAGAAGCCCCCUACAUGGUGGGGGUAUAUGCAAGUACGGUCCUUUAUUGGGUGUUCAAAUUUGUAUGCGGAGGUUCUAUCAUUCAUGAGAAAUUUGUUUUGACCGCUGCUCAUUGUGUUGUGGAUUUCUACUCAGUCCAAGUGGCGGUUGGAUCAAAUCAAAUGAACCAGGGAGAUAUCAUGGCAGUAGACUUGAGGAUUACUAGAGAAGAUUAUAACAACAAAGCAUAUUUUAACGACAUAUGUUUGUUGAAACUGGUGAAACCAAUAAAGUUUGGGCCUAGGAUGGCUCCGGUUCAAAUACCUGAAGUAGGAUUUGAACUGGAUUCUUAUACUAUGGUUAAUGUGACCGGGUGGGGGAAAACGGAAACUGAGGAUCCGGUAGCGAAGACCCUCCGACGAGUAUCAGUACAGAUCUUACCAAAACGGUACUGCCCUCUGGAUACCAUCAUUUGUGCUGGCUCUGUGGGCGAAGGAACUUGCAAUGGCGACAGCGGAGGUCCCUUGGUGUACAACAAUGUGCUGAUCGGUCUAGUCUCCUACCGUCGAGAGAAACGUCAAUGUGCUGGCCGAUACGGCACAGUCUAUAUGAAAGUGGCCAGUUAUUCCCACUGGAUUAAUAGCCAUUUGCCUUAAAAUUGCA